UCUAUAAUAUUCUAAUAUAAUAUAACGUCUUGCUUGAUCACACGCUUAGAUGCAGAAAGUGUAGCAUAGUGCAGUUAAAAAGAGCAGACCAUUUUAUCUAAGAGUGUUUCCAAACAGAAAUUGUAUUCGAGGAAGAAGAUAUUGUUUAUUUCACAUUUAUUUACGCGAAUAGUAAACGUUAAUGCAUUUUCGCAUAAUUUUUAUAAGGACAUAGGGUUUUUAUGAUAAAUUUCACGUGAACUCUCGUGUGUAAAUAAAUUGAGGAAGAGGCACAUGCGCGAUAUUUGUGCGAGAUAACCUAAAAAUGGUUCGCUUCAAAAACAGAUACGUGGUUCUCGAGAUAACGCCGCACGGCAAGGAGGAUAAACCGUUUACGCUGAAAAAUACAGCCUUGUCUCAGGCAGUUCAGCAGAAGGUGCAAGAAUUAUACGGUGAUUUUGGAACUGCAGCGAUAAAGGAUGGCUUUAAUGCAAAAUAUUGCAAUAUGCAUACGAGAAUAGCAGUGAUAAGAGUAAGACACGGACCUCACAAAUUCUUAUUGCGCGCUAUACCGUCAGUGAACGACGUAGCUGGACGAUUAGUUAAAACAAACAUCCUGUAUGUUGGUGCAACCAUAAAGCAGUGCUUCCUUUUCAUCAUGAAAUAUCAGGAAAAGAAAUUGGAGCAAAUGUGGUCGGGGUUACGAACGGAAACUGAAAGAGAACAGAUGAUGACAGCUCUGUUGACUUUCACGCCUGCUAUGAAAGACAUCAAAUAAAAUUAUUGUAUAUAUAUUCACUAUUUAUAUUAUAUUACAGUUAUUUAUUUA